AUGCCGAUCGAUUACUCCAAAUGGAAGGACAUUGAAGUCUCCGAUGACGAGGAUGACACUCACCCAAACAUUGACACACCAUCGCUCCACAGAUGGCGUCAUCAGGCUCGUCUCGAACGAAUGGCCGAGCAGAAGAUGGCCAAGGAGCAAUUGGAGAAGGAUAAAUCGACAACUAGCAAGAAAAUGGAGGAUCUCGAGAAGAAGUUGGCUGAAGCCACCACCGACUGCAAGUCCGACAUCCAAAAACAAAUUGACGACGUGAAGCGACAGGAAGAAGAGUGGCGUAAGAAGGAGGCAGAGCUUGAGGAGAAGGAGCGUUUGGCGCCAUGGAACGUUGAUACCAUCGGACACGAAGCGUUCAGCACCUCUCGUAUCAACAAGAUUACUGAUAAGAAGCCGGUACCAAAGAAGACCGAUGAGGAGGAUUCCAAGGAUAUGGGCACGUUCUUCCAGGAAAACGAGAGUCUUUUGGAGAGACUCGGAAGCUUGAAAGGAGGAUGCAAGGCUACUGAGAUCUUCCUUGCUGAGCACCCACACAUGGCUUCGGAUUACAGUGCCAAUUGGCUUACUAUUGAGGCUCUUAACGCCGCGAUCGUUGAGGACGAGCCGAAGAUGAAGACCAUGGCUGAGCAGUGCAUCAUCAUUCAAUAUCUCAUUGAGCUCUCGAAGUCUCUCAACGCCGUCCCCACCAAUACUUCGAUUCAAAAGCAGUUCUUCAAGAAGUUCGAGGCUGCUGAUCCAUCGUACAUGAAGCAUUAUCAUGAUGAAGUGAAAGCGUUCGAGGAUCGUUUGAGAACUCGCGCUCAAACGAAACGAGAAGCUGCGAUGGAAGAGGUGGAGAAUGAGGAGCGUGCAAAAAGAAUUGAAGCGUCGCCAGGGGGUCUCGAUCCUCAAGAGGUGUUUGAGGAGCUUCCAGAAGAGAUGAGAAAGUGUUUCGAGAGUCAUGACAUUGAAGCGCUCAAGGGAUUGGCUCAGGUUAUGGAUGAAGAGGUUUUCAAGUUCCACUUCGAUCGAUGCAUUGCCUCUGGCCUCUGGGUGCCCGGAAAAGCCGACGAAGAGGAAGAGGAGGAAGAAGCUGUCGCCUCUACAUCGAACGAUAGUGCAGCCAACUGA